AUGGCGCCGCUGCGUCUCUCGAGCGCAGCUACCAACCCGCACCUGCGCCUCAUGAUGGUUGGAGCUUCCCGGGCUUUCGCAUCAACUUCCUCCGCUCAGAUGCGUUCAACGAAGGGAACACAUGCCAGCAACGCACAAGCUUCAUACAUCAAGGGCACUGUGAACGACCCCACAACGUUCCCGCCCCCUUCUGCGUCGCACGGCUCGUAUCACUGGGCCUUUGAGCGUGCCAUCUCUGUAGCGAUCGUACCGAUCAUCGCUGCCGCCGGCGUCAAGCACGGCACCUCGGGUCUGCUCGACGGUGCCCUCGCUUUGACGCUCGUCGUCCACUCGCAUCUCGGCUUCGAGCAGAUUGUCGCCGACUACUUGCACAAGAGAAAGUACCCGAUCCUCGGCCCGGUCAGCAGCUGGGGUCUCAGGGCAGCCACGCUCGCCUCUAUCUACGGGCUUUACGAGUUCAACACGAAUGACAUUGGCCUCAGCGAGCUCGUUGCGAAGCUAUGGACUGCCUGA